UUAAAAAUAAUUGGUACUACUUUAUUUAUUUAUUUAUUUACUUAUUUAUAUUGAUUACGUGUUGGCUUGCAGUUAACUUCGUUAUCUAAGGGAUGACGCCACAAUAGCCCUAUGGAUAAGGUUGAAAGCGGAUUAAGCAGCUCAUAACGGUCUGAUCCCCGAAUCCUUCUUUUCCCACGAAUCUCUCUAUCCGAGAGACAUCCACUUUCGAAAACUGAAUCAAUACUCAAAGAAAGGGAAGGAAAAAUCAAUUGGCCGCCAUUGGUUCCUUCUGUGAAUGACAUGCAGCUUAUUCAUCUAGAUAUACAUUGCUGCAGCUUUUCAAUUGUCCUUUCUUUCCUUUUUCUUUCUUUUACACUUUUUCCUUUUCAUGGCUGAGGUGAAGAGAUCGAGCGGUACUGUAAGGUGGUUUAGUGCACAGAAGGGGUUUGGGUUCAUAGCUCCAGAUGAUGCUAGCGACGAUCUUUUUGUCCACCAGACCUCCAUUCGUUCAGAAGGAUUUCGGACUCUUUUCGAUGGUCAAACUGUUGAGUUUACCAUCGAUUAUGACCAAGAUCAACGCGCCAAGGCCGUCGACGUCACUGUAAUUGAUAGAUCUACCAGAUAUGGAGGAGGUCGCGGGGGUGGGAGAGGUAGAGGUGGUUCUUAUGGAAGAUUCGGUGGCGGCGGCCGCGGUUUUGGCAGAGGAAGAUGGUACGAUGGUCCAAGCGGUGGUGGUGGUCGUGGCGGUGGGGAGUGCUACAAUUGUGGCCGGAUGGGUCAUUUGGCGAGGGAUUGUUAUAGGGGUAAUGGCGGUGCUCCUCCUGGCCGUAGAUACGAAGGUGGUCGAGGUUAUGGUGGUGGUGGGGGCGGUAGAGGUUGUUAUAAUUGUGGAGAUACAGGACAUUUUGCUAGGGAUUGUCAAAACGAAAGCAAAUGAAGAAUGUUGGUCUUCCUUUAAGCGUGUGUCAGUGACUUCAAGUCUGCAAUUGAGGGCACGAGGAUCUGGCGGUAAUAAAUCAUAAGGCUUCAUCUCGUCAAUGUUUCUCCUUUUGGGUCUUCCAUAAUUUGUUGUUCAUAAUUAGAUGAUGAAACCAAUUGUUUGUAUAUGCUAUACCUUUCUGGCAUUUCUAAUUCAUUCUUUCUUUGCUUGUUGUUUUAUAGAAUCAUAAUAUGAUAUUUGUAAUCUGUCAAAAGGUAUAAGUUCAUACCAUUUUUUAUUUCUUA